AUGACGACAUUGAUACGUAACACCAGGACGGUAUAUAUUGGAAUUCGUUCUUUUAGACCAUACCAUUCACUAGUGGAACGCAUCAGAUCGGAGGUUCAAGCUCAUCCGAUUUAUAUUGUCUGUUUACCUAUCACGACCAAGAAAUCAUUCUUCUUCUGCCAGUAUACUCCUAAGGUUCUCCCUGAUGGCAAGGAAGGGCUGGACACAAAACUAGUCAAUUGGGCGGCGAAAGCAUGGCAUAAACUCGAGAGGUCCGAAAACAGAUUCAACAAAUCAAUUGUUUCUGUUAUACAUCGCCUUCUGAACGAAAUACCGUGGAUGGAGACGUGCUUCAGAUCCAUACCGUCGCAAACCAAAAUCACUAGAUAUCUUAAAGAUUACCAGAAACCAGACGAGAAGACAGAAAGGACAUCGGACCAGGAUCGCAAAGUGCAUCCAGGACUGGUGACCCAAUUAGACAUUUCUCCCGAGGAAUUAGAGCAAAUCCCUUUAUACUACCCGUCGUUAUUGCUCUCUAGCGAGCAAAUCACUAAGGAGCUUCGAUCAGAGAUCCAAAAAGGUCACGAGUACCAUAAAAAGUACUUGUUUGUGAAUCUCUUAUUGCUGCCGCUAACCAUUCCUUUUGCAUUGAUACCAGUGAUACCCAACGUUCCUGGAUUUUACCUUGCUUAUCGAUCGUACUGUCAUUUGACGGCAUUGAAUGGGGUGAAGCAUCUACGUUUUUUGUUGGACCUGAAAGGCGGCGAAGAGCAUCAUCUUCAGAUGAUUGGUUUACAAGACGCACACGAUCUUUUCAUUGAGUCCAAAGAUGAGAGUACAAGAAUCAGUGUGCUUGAACACAUAAAGAAGGGAGAUUUGAAAGAAAAGCUACUUCUCGAUGAAGGCUCUAUUACCAACAUUUGCAAGGCUUUUGGAAUUGAGAAGUUUGAGCCCAAUCUGCAUGUCGCGUUGUAUCAGGAACGCAAAAGGCUGAGCCGGGAAGGCCUUGAGCGCUCUAGAGACUAG